AGAUAUACAUAGAAUUUGAAGAAAGCGGUGACCUUGGUCUGCGCAGAAGUGCAGCCAGCUUGGAAGGCAUCCUUUGUGAUCGCUGGAUCCUCUAUUUCAAAAGUACCGGAGAGCGAGAAUCUCCUGCUCUAGUCGGUACUUUUAGAGAUUGGGGCCCGCGGGUAUUGCUGGGUGAUGGGCCAGGCAAAACG